AUGGUGAGUGAAAGCGUCACCCAACUCGCAAAUCUUAGGAAGACGCGUAAACCAAAUUUACGCAUGCCUUCUAAGAAGCUUAAUAAGAGGCAUCCUGAAGUUAGCUGGGAGGGACACAUCUACAACCACGUUUGUGAAGGCCGUCUUGUUGGUCUUAGGAAGAUGCGUAAACCAAAUUUACGCAUGCCUUCUAAGAAGCUUAAUAAGAGGCAUCCUGAAGUUAGCUGGGAGGGACACAUCUACAACCACGUUUGUGAAGGCCGUCUUGUUGGUGGGCCGCUCCUGUUGAUUCUCACAAAAUAUGUUGAUUAUCAGACAGGAACAGCAAGCGGAAAAACUGGUAACCUAAUGGAUUGGAAUAUCAAUAAUGCAUUUAAAACCUUGAAAGAUAUGGAACCCAAAAGUAUGAUGGACAUGGCACUUAUACCAAGCAUUGAUCCAAUAGACAUUGGACUGGGUUCAUCAGAGAAGGCAAAUGCUGCUCCUCAACUAAAACCAAGAAAGAAGUCCAUGACAUCAGUUUAUCUCAAGUUUUUUGAAACAGCUCCUGAUGGGAAGAGUCGAAGAUGCAAAUUCUGCAAGCAGAGUUAUUCUAUUGCAACUGCCACAGGUAAUCUGGGAAGGCAUCUAAAUCAUCGCCAUCCUGGAUACGAUAAGUUGGGGGACACAAUCACCACCCAGCCACCACAAUCACAGCCAAGCCCUGUAACCAAGAAACCCCCAUCUCAGUCUCAACCUCAACCUCAACCUCAACCUCAACCUCAAGCAAAACCACCCUCGGUGGAUUUUGAUCACUUGAACUGGCUGCUACUCAAGUGGCUUAUUCAAGGUUGUCUUCAUCCCUCAAUAGUGGAAGAAGAGUGGUUGGUGAACUCCUUCAAGUUCCUCAAUCCAUCAGUAAAAUUCUGGCCAAGUGAGAAUUUUCGUGCAGUGAGCCUCGAGGUGUUCAGGAGCAUGCAGGAAGAUGUUAGGGCAUCUUUGGAGCAUGUGAAUUCUAAGGUCUCGAUUACACUUGAUUUCUGGAAUUCAUUUGAGCAAGUUUCCUAUAUGAGUGUCAUAGGCCACUGGAUUGAUGAGAAUUGGUCUCUCCACAAGGUUCUUCUUGAUAUCAUUCGCAUACCUUACCCAUGUGGAGGCACUGACAUCUAUCACUUAUUGGUGAAGAUCCUCAAGGUGUACAACAUUGACAACAGGAUCCUCUCCUGUACCCAUGAUAACAGCCAGAAUGCUGUGCAUGGUUGUCGCACAUUGCAAGAAGAUUUGGAUGGUCAGAAGAUAGGUCCCUUCUGCUACAUCCCCUGUGCUGCUCGGAUGCUGAACCUGAUCAUAGAAGAUGGAUUGAGAACUGCCAAACCAGUAGUAUCUAAGAUUCGGGAAUUUGUACUGGAGAUGAAUGCCUCUUUAGAAAUCUCAGAGGAUUUCAGACGAACAACAGCUGAAUAUCAGGAAGGUUCUUGGAAGUUCCCACUGGAUGCUUCCAACCGCUGGAGUGGCAAUUACUUGCUGCUAGGUAUUGUGCGUAAGGCCUCCAAGUCCAUGGAUGCUGUCAUCAGGAAGCAUGAGGAGACACUAGGGAGUAAGAAUAUGCUGUUGAAUCAUGCGGAGAAGAAUGCAGUUAAUAUCAUGCACGCAUACUUGGAGCCAUUCUACAAGACCACAAAUAACAUCUGCACGAGCAAAGUCCGAACGGUUGGCCUGGUGCUCUUCUUUAUGGACCAUGUCGCUGAGAUCAUUGCUUCGUGCAGGGAUUCCCGCCACAAUCCUGACUGGCUCAAAAGUGCAGCAGAUGACAUGGCAAAAAAGGUCCGGAGUUACAAUACGCAGGUCUACAAUAUCUUUACAUACAUGGCUGCAGUUCUUGACCCCAGGAUCAAGAAUGAGCUCAUACCGGAGAAUCUUAACUCAGACAACAACCUUGAGGAAGCAAGGAAUCAUUUUAUGAGGAACUAUGCAACCAACCAUUUCACUGCCAUGGCUAAUGGCUAUAGUGCUCAGGAAAGUGAAGAUGGGAGUGGUGUCUCUUUUGCAGAGGAGAUUGCUCGCAAGAGACGCAGGGUGAGCAUAAGUGCUGCCACAGAUGAGCUCACACAGUAUCUUUCUGAACCUCCAGCUCCCAUUCCAACAGAUGUUUUAGAUUGGUGGAAGGUGAACAACACGCGUUACCCACAUCUAUCAGGGAUGGCUCGAGAUUUCUUGGCUGUCCAAGCAACCUCAGUGGCACCUGAUGAGCUGUUUUGUCGCAAAGGUGAUGAGAUUGACAAGCAACGGUAUUGUUUGCCCCAUGGCAGCAUGCAAGCACUCCUGUGCAUACGAUCAUGGAUCCAGAGUGGAUUCAAGUUGAAGUACCGCUCAACUGAGGUUGACUAUGAGACACUGAUGGAACCUGUUACCUCUGCUGUUGUUUGUUCAGCUGAUAAUAGCUCUACACGUUUAGAUAAGAAAGUGAGAUGAUGAAAAUAAAAUGGCAUAAGGAUGUCUCCAGAUGACCUUGUAAUGUUGUAAGAAAUAGA